AUGGUUAACAGAAAUAACAGCGUUAACGGUACUGUUGAGACAUUGGUCGGUACGGAGCUUUUGUGGAGCACUGUUCAGGAAAGAUUUGAAGUUCUUUUUGGUGGCUCUAAGGGAUUUAGUAAUGAAAGCAAAUCAAAAAUUACUGCGCUUGGGAUGGUGAGAAUAUUAAUUUUACACCUCACAACUGCUAGCUUUGAAGAACAAUGUGUUUUCUGGAGUUCGAUGUCUGCUGUGGCACGAUUCUGCCCAAUUUGGGCAAAUUCUGAGCUAAGUUUACCCAGUUCUCUGAUUUUAAAAAUUCCAUAUAUUGAACAUGUUUUUGAACGGUAUGACGAUGAAGCCAAAGUACCUCGGAGUUAUAUUCCUGACAGCGUAAUGAACAAGGGCAGUCAAGCGUUUCUUGCUAUCGAAGACUUUCAGGACCCUGAAAUUAUACCCAUCUGUCAAGGAAUGACUCCAGUUAUUGUUCAUGGUGAUGUUUGGUCAGCAAAUUUACUGUGGAGGAAACAGAAUUGCAAAAAUAAUUUAGCAACCAUUGUUGACUGGCAGGUAGACGAGUGUGAAAUAAACUGGUUUCGAUGCAUUCUUAUAUACGUCCAUCACUGGAUUACGCAUAAGGAUGUUUCGCGUGGUACAAUAACAUUCAUCUAUCUGGAAGUUACCGAGUUUGCCGCACUUGUUCCUAUUGUUCGGCAGCCUCCUCUGGCUUUUUUGUGGUCUUUUGCUUGCUUUUUCAACUUCUUCAGUGAUGUUGUCGACGUUCUGAAAGCAAGUUCAUAUUUUUUUGCAACAACUGAUUUAUCUGUCUUCGAUGGUCAGCUGACUGAACAGAAUCAUUCCAUUUCUGGUGCUGACUCUUGGAACGUUGUGAUUGCUCCUUUAUCGGCUUUGAUAACGUGGGUUCGUAUAUUCCAAUUGUUUCCAGGGGACACAGUCUAUUCGAUCCUGUUUUAA